CAUGUUCCACUCAUGUUCCGGGGCGUCGUCAUAGCAACCAUUAAUCAACAAUAUGACCCAUGAGGAAAUCCACAGGAUUCAACGCUCAAAGCAAGUUUUUAUCAAUAAUGUUGACACCUACGCAUCAAAAUACAUCGGAAAGUUUUUGUCAGAAAGCUUUAUUGGGCCGUCUCUUGAGGAGUUGACAGACCAUGACUUUGAAGAAGAAGAGUUGUCUCCACGAGAUGGUCAUCAAAAUGCUAAACCGGCAACGUAUCAAAUUGUCGGGACCAUUAGAGACAAGUCAGACAGCAAAAAGUGCACUUACACAUAUGAGGAAUAUCAUAAAUUAGAUCGCAAUAAACUUCUGAAGCAAAUGCUGGAGUGUGAUGUCAUCAUAUAUAACAUCACUGAAUAUGCAGAUCAAAUUGAAGAGGCGUCAUGGGCAGUCACAGCCCUUCAUGAGAAAAUGAACAAGUUUUUCAGUCCAAAGACAUUCAUUCUGGUAUCAACAGUCAUGACAUGGGCCCUGAGCAAGCCAGUUGAUCCUGAAGAUCCAUCUAUUCCUUUCACAGAUGAUGAUUAUAGAAGACGAAGACCACACCCCAAUUUCAAGCAGCACAUCGCUGUUGAAAAACUUGUGGUGAAAUUGGGAAAAACUGAAAGGUCCCAGUUCAGCACGUAUGUACUUGCAUCAGGACUUCAGUAUGGAAUGGGGGAACAGGUUUUUCAUUUCUUCUUCAGAGCAUCCUGGUUGGGGGAGAUUCCCAAAGUUCCUAUCUUUGGAAAAGGCACCAACAUCCUCCCAACCAUACACAUUAAUGACUUGGCCAGAGUCAUUUUAAAUGUUAUUGACCAAAAGCCAAGGCCACACUAUAUAGUCGCCGUAGAUGACUCAAAGAAUACAAUUGAGGACAUUGUGCAGACAAUAUCAUUUACACUUGGACCAGGAAAAACUGAGUCAGUUUCAGUUGAGAAGGCUUUUCUACAUAGAAACCUCACACAAGCAGAUAUUGAUUCGAUCUUAGUAGAUCUGCGCUUUGAGGCGCUCUUUAUUAAGGAAAGCCUUAACAUUCCCUGGGUGUGUGAGGCUGGCAUCGUUGAAAACAUUGAGCGUGUUGUUGAGGAGUACAGAAACACCAGGGGACUUCUGCCCAUCCGCAUCUGUGUCCUGGGCCCCCCUGCUGUGGGGAAGAGCACUGUUGCACAGAAGAUCUGCAAACACUACAAGCUGCAUCACGUCAGGCUCAGAGACACCAUCAAUGAAACCACUGCUCACCUGGAGUCACUCAUUCGCUCGACAUAUGCAGAUGAGGACAGUGUUGAGAUAGGAUCUGGUGCUCAGGAGCAGCUGGAUACCCUGAAGGAGAACAUGGAACAAAAUGGAGGUCGGUUGGACGACCAGUAUGUUAUUCAGAUCAUCAGAGACAAGCUGAAAUCCAAGCCAUGUCAGAACCAAGGGUUUGUCUUGGAUGGGUUUCCAAAGACCUAUGAUCAAGCUAAGGAGUUGUUCUAUGCUGAAGAGGAAGAGGGAGAGGACAUGAAGACUAGCAAGAAGAUCACUCCAGAGAUCAUCUUCGCCCUGGACGCCACGGACGCGUUUCUGAAGGACCGUGUGCUGAACCUUCCGGAGAGCGAAGUGGAGGGAACCACGUACUCCUACGAGUGCUUCCCCCGUCGCCUGGCCAACUACAGAGAUAACAACAUGGAGGACGAGACGGUGCUCAACUUCUUUGAUGAGCUUGAUAUUCAACCAGAGCACAUUGAGAUCAGCAGCAGUGAUGACGUGGACUACCUGGUGGUGAUGGAGAAGAUCGUGCGGCGGGUCGGUCCGCCCCAGAACUACGGCCCCACCAGCGAGGAGCUCCAGGAGGAGGGGAGGAGGCGCGGCGAGGCCAAGCUGAAGAAGCAGGCCGAGGAGGCGGCCGAGAGGGAGCGGCUGGAGGCCGAGGAGGCAGCCCAGAGGGAGGCGCGCUGGGAGGAGUGGAGCAGGCAGCUUGAGGAGGUGAAGCGACAGGAGAACGAGCUCCUGGAGGCCCAGUCGGUGCCCCUGCGAGGCUACCUGGCGCAGCACGUCAUGCCAACGCUCACAGCCGGCCUCAUCGAGUGCUGCCAGAACCGACCCUCCGACCCCAUCGACUUCCUGGCAGAGUAUCUCUUCCAAAACAACCCUGACGUUCAGUGAGAUGACUUCGACAGGCGAUGCAAUCAUCAACUGCUGUAUUUUUAUGGAAACAAAGGCAAAACAAAAUAGGAUUACCUAGAAUAUGUUUAAGGCUGUCACCAUUCAUAUGCGUUACCAAUAAAUAAAAAGCAAAACUAAAGUAAA